UCCCGGCUUCUGGAGACGGUUCCUGGAGGCCUCGGGGGGAGGCUCCACUCCUCUAUGGCACCAGGCUGCAGCCUAGCUGGGGCCGCCCAUCCGUGAGGGCUCCUUCUUGGGCUGUCGCCGGGGCCGGGCCUGGAGAUGGGGCAGGACCAGGCCAAGCAGCAGAUCGAGAAGGGGCUCCAGCUGUACCAGUCAAACCAGACAGAGAAGGCCCUGCAGGUCUGGAUGAGGAUUCUGGACAAAAGCAGUGACCUGGUGGGGAGGUUCCGCGUACUGGGCUGCCUGGUCACGGCCCACUCAGAAAUGGGCCGCUACAAGGAUAUGCUGAAGUUUGCCGUGGUGCAGAUCGACACGGCCCGCGAGCUGGGAGACGCCGACUACCUCAUGGAGAGCUACCUGAACCUGGCCCGGAGCCACGAGAAGCUGUGCGAGUUCCAGAAGACCGUCUCCUACUGCAAGACGUGCCUCAACAUGCAGGGCACGCGGGUGGGCCAGCAGCUCAACGGGCAGGUCAGCCUGAGCAUGGGCAACGCCUUUCUGGGCCUCAGCCUCUUCCAGAAGGCCCUGGAGAGCUUCGAGAAGGCCCUCCGCUACGCGCACAACAACGACGACAAGAUGCUCGAGUGCCGCGUCUGCUGCAGCCUGGGCAGCUUCUACUCCCAGGUCAAGGACUACGAGAAGGCGCUCUUCUUCCCCUGCAAAGCCGCCGAGCUGGUGAACGACUACGGCAAGGGAUGGAGCCUCAAGUAUCGCGCCAUGAGCCAGUACCACAUGGCGGUGGCCUAUCGGAAACUGGGGCACCUGGGUGAUUCCAUGGAGUGCUGCGAGGAAUCCAUGAAGAUCGCCCUCCAGCACGGGGACCGGCCUCUCCAGGCUCUCUGCCUCCUUUGUUUCGCCGACAUCCACCGGAGCCGCAGGGACUUGGAGACAGCCUUCCCGAGGUACGACUCUGCCAUGAGCAUCAUGACGGAGAUCGGGAACCGCCUGGGCCAGGUGCAGGUCCUGCUCGGUGUCGCCAAAUGCUGGGUGACCAAGAAGGAGCCAGAGAAGGCUCUAGAGGUCAUCGAAAAGGCCCAGGAUCUGGCUGAAGGACUGGGGAACAAGCUGAGUCUGCUGAAGCUCCACUGCCUGAGCGAGGGCAUCUAUCGCAGUAAGGGGCAGCAGCGGGAGCUUCGGGCGCACGUCGUCCGCUUCCAUGAGUGCGUGGAGGAGACGGAGCUGUACUGCGGCCUUUGCGGGGAGUCCAUCGGGGAGAGGAACAAUCGGCUGCAGGCCCUGCCGUGCUCCCACUUCUUCCACCUCAGGUGCCUGCAGAACAACGGGACUCGGAGCUGCCCCAACUGCCGCCGCUCCUCCAUGAAGCCGGGCUUCGUGUGACCCCGAGAGACGCUGCCCGGGCACAAAGGGCUCCUUCCCGCGGCCCCUCUUCCUCCUCAUCCCUCCUGAGGCCUCACGGGUCUGCCUGGAUGUGCCGUCCUUCCCUGGGGGAGCCUCCCUGGCCUCCACCCCCCCCCCCCCCGAGGCUUCAUCAUUUUAGCUCUGCCAAAGCCACGUCCUCAUCAGGUUUUCCCCCGAAUUCCAGAUGUUCGCUUUGUUUUAGAAGUGGCCGGAGGAGUGAAGCUUCAUUGUCUGUAUCUGUCUUCCUCCCCCGCCGUACUCCCUGCUCUUACAUCGGCCUGUAGCAUUCCUGACUGCUGGGCUCCUCACGGCCACGUUUCUGUCUUUAACCCUAUUUUUGUUCUCUUCCCCUAGAACACCCCAAUUCUGCCAGGUUUUACCCUUCCAGGAAUACUUUUAACUCAGUCCAUUCCCCGUUUGUGGGGAAAGUUAGCACUGGGGUGGGGGCAGGAACUUGGGGUUCUGAUCCAGCCCUCUCCCCUGCUGUCAUCCUCCCCAAAGGGAUGCAUUUACUAUUUGGGAUUCUUAGCCAGUCUCGCCCACACUCGGGCCGGUGGGUCAGGCGUCAGGCAGACGGCAGCCUUCCCUCCUGUGCCCAACACUAUCCAAACGGUAACAGUCGACCUCUGAUGCCCAUGUACUUGUUUGUCUCCUCUUCUUUCUAGAAAAAGGGAAAA